AGUUCACAGAUUUGCCAGGAGUCCAUCUCUUCGCAUAUCUCUACCACCACUGGUGUGAAGUUACUGCGACUGUUACCAUAGUGGAUUACAGAUGGGUAAAACAUUGAAAAUAGUUUGAUAAAUGCACUUUAUUUAUUUGUAUCACAUGGGAUUUUAGAAAGUGCGCAGCGGAUUGUUUUAUUGGUUUUCCCUGAAACGUCGGGAACAGAACACAGGCAAGUGGAAACUCCUUAUACAUAUCAAGUAUGUGUAUUGAAGACGUGUGGAAUAUUUUACAGAGACAUUGAACUGUCUAUAAAGAUGUUUUAAAAGACUCGAGUUCGAGUAGGCAACUCUUCGUCAUGGACGCGUGAGGUGAAGCUACACGGUGCGGUGAUCUACGAGGGACACUCGGGCAAAAUCUAUAGCCUAAACCAUCCUCGGGCUUUUAGGUGUGGUCUGUACAGGGCAGGGGUGAAUACUUGGACCUCUAACUAUGAAAUGAAUCAGUCUUCCAACGUCUUCAUUUAGGCUUUUCCAAAGACACAUCUAGUUAUGGGUUGAGGAGGAUGAGGUGGAGACUGCAGGGAUAGUCUAUGUGGGAGGGAACAUGGAAUGUUUUCUAUUAUAUAAUCUUUGACAAAACUGCUUAUUAGUGGGAGAACAUAACAAGCCAAUUUCCCUGACCCCGUUUUCCCUCCCCUUUUCAUCGGGGGAGACAGAAAACUUUUUGUGAUCAUUAAUAAUUUUGGGGAGAAUCGACCUGUUUUCAGACAAAUUGGCUGUUGAAAUGAUAACACAUCUUGACUGAAGUUGACAAGGAGAACACUGGGCUCUAUGACAAGAGUCACUGGUGUGUAUUAUUUUUUAUUUCGCUGAUCUUGUAUUACACAGUAACCCCCUCUGUCUGCCUCUCCACAGGAGAGGGGAAUAUUGAAUUACCAAGAUGGCUAAUGUGCAUUUAUUGUUUCAGAUUUCAACUAUACCUCUCUGUCUCUUUUUUCUCUGCCUUGAUCCGUCUCUCUUUUUUAUUGUUUGAUUUUGGUCGAUCAUUUGGAAUGACACCUGAUGCCCAAGGCCCUGGAUUUCCAUCCUCCAUCGUCCUUCAAGAUGCUGAACCUAAAGACACUAAGCCUUCAGCUAACCACACUCAGUUGUACCCCUUACUUCGUUUUUCGCCUUUGCACUGUUCUCUUGGUGAAGCCACCUUUUGUGGACGUAGAACAAUUGCAACCAACCCCAUGUUGCUGUGAGAUACUGUGAUAUGUAAUCGUUGGAGAAACUGUCGACACGUCGUUGUGUCCCUUGCCGUCUCUGAAUCUCUUUAAAGGCUUUUUUUUGCGUAAAGUGGAAAGGGACAAAAACGAUCCCCAAGUUAAUUCUCCUCCAGCCCCCCUGUCCGUCUUCCCCUCUCCCCCCCACUCAUCAGGGCUGGUGGGGGGGGGGUGGGAUCUGGAGCUCCAGGGUCGUAACGGCGGAGGUGGUGUUACCCUGGAGCCUCCUUGUAGCAAAGCCUCACAUCAUGGAGACCAGUCCAGAGAGCCCCAACCGGGCCGUGGAGUACCUCCUGGAGCUCAACAACAUCAUCGAGAGCCAGGCCAAGCUCAUGGAGACCCAACGGCGGCGCAUCGAGGAGCUGGAAGGUCAGCUGGACCGAGUCAGCCAGGAGAACCAGGACCUGAGACUGGAGAAACCCACUCCUCCACGAGCCCCGGAGCUCCCCGAACAGAACCACAGCAACACCAACCACAGAGCAGAGCAGCCCCUCUCCCUGCCCAUCCACCCUGGCAGCAGUAGUGGAGGUAGUGGCAGCACCCCCAGCCCCGUCACCGCCCCACCCCCUGUGGUGGUACCCCCUGCGGGGCCGAGCCGGGAGAGACGUUCCCACACCAGGCUGACCCGGGGCAUGUCCUGUGGCUCGAACCCAGCUGAGCGGGAGCAGCAGGAGAGACUGGACCACACAGACAGCUCUGACACCAACAGCUCCACCAUCCGCAGAAAUGUCAGGCAGUCACCAUCUUACUCAAGCUAUCCAAUCUCUGCUCCCACAAGCCCUACUGCAGCCAGCCCCUAUGCCACCCUCCUCCCCACCAGUCUGACUGUUAACAGCUUCUUCAGCCUCCAUCAGUACUGCUGCCCCUCCUCGUCUGCCAAACACUCGCAGCAGGCAAGUGUGGAAACAGAGACCCAGUGUGCGGAGCCUCCCGGGGCCCACACAGACGGCCCCUACAGCCAGACCACAGCGUACCUGCGUGGCACAGAGCGCUACAGUGACAGCAGCAGUGGUCCUGGUCCUCCAGGCCCUCGGGGGCCUCCGUGCGUGGCCCCUCCCAGCUCGGCAAGCCUUGCCUGGGCACUGCGAACACGCCAUCAGCCUGCCAGCCUGGCCCUCCGCAAGCAGGAGGAGGAGGAGAACAAGAGGUGCAAGGCCAGUCUCUCUGACAGCUAUGAGCUCUCCACAGACCUGCAGGACAAGAAGGUGGAGAUGUUGGAGAGGAAGUAUGGUGGCUCCUUUGUGAGCCGCAGAGCAGCCCGGACCAUCCAGACGGCCUUCCGCCAGUACCGCAUGAACAAGAACUUUGAGCGCCUCCGCAGCUCAGCGUCCGAGAGCCGCAUGACGCGACGCAUCAUCCUGUCCAACAUGCGGCUGCAGUACUCGUUUGACGACCGCCAGCCGCAGCAGCAGGGGACCGGAACACAGACAAACUUUACACACAGCGUGGGCAUCGGCCCUCCUCAUUCACCUGACGCAGAGAGGACAGGAGACUACACACACCUGGAGGACUCCUUCACCAAACAGGUGAAGUCCCUGGCUGACUCCAUGGACACCGCCCUGACCUGCCGUAGCGGGCGGGAUGACUCCCAGGAAGACUUUGGGGAGUGUGUGUGGAGCAGCAGCAGUAACCCCUCCUCUCAGAGAGGCCUGUGUGAGAGACCCCGGGGAGGGGGAGGGGGCCUUAGCAUGCACGGAGACAGCACAGCCACCUCCUACAGUGAUGUCACUCUAUACAUGGACGACUGCAUGCCCUCCUCGCCCCUCUCACUGGACCGGGCCCCCAGCAGCACAGACACUGAGUACUGGGGCCCUGGGGGAGGCGUGGGGGCCCGUGAGGACAGCAGGGACACUGAGGGAGGGGGUAGCAGUAACAGCCGUCGCAGCACUCCCUGCACAGAGUGUCGAGACUACCGUCUGAGGGGCGCCCACCUGCCCCUGCUCACCAUCGAGCCUCCCAGCGACAGCUCCGUGGACAUGAGCGACCGUUCAGACCGUGGCUCCCUCAGCAGACAGAUCUACGAGCAGGAGCCAGCGGGAGGAGCAGGCUCUCCUCAGGGAACACUCAAACACUCCCCUAACACUCCCCGCUCUACACCCCCUCGUCCUCCUCUUCCCCCCAGCAGCCCCCCACCACCCCCCCUGUCCUCCUCCUCCUCUGCUGCGCUGCCCCCUGGUGGCCUGGAGCAGCCCUGUCUAUCUGACGGGGACAACGACUCUCUCAACUCCACCACCAACUCCAACGAGACGGUGAACUGCAGCUCUGGCUCCUCGUCUCAGGACAGCCUGAGGGAGCCCCUACCCCCUCUGGGCAAGCAGACCUACCAGAGAGAGAGUCGACACAGCUGGGACUCACCGCCAUUCAACAACGACGUGGUGCAAAGACGCCAGUACCGCAUCGGACUCAACCUAUUCAACAAGAAGCCAGAAAAGGGGAUACAGUACCUGAUCGAGAGAGGCUUUGUGUCCGACACUCCGGUCGGGAUCGCUCGCUUCAUCCUGGAGAGGAAGGGCCUGAGCAGACAGAUGAUCGGAGAAUUCCUCGGCAACCGGCAGAAACAGUUCAACAAGGACGUACUGGACUGUGUGGUGGACGAGAUGGACUUCUCAGGUAUGGACCUGGACGAUGCUCUGAGGAAGUUCCAGGCCCAGAUUAGAGUUCAAGGAGAAGCCCAGAAAGUAGAGAGGCUCAUAGAAGCUUUCAGUCAGCGGUACUGUGUGUGUAACCCGACGCUGGUCCGCCAGUUCCAGAACCCAGACACCAUCUUCAUCCUGGCCUUCGCCAUCAUCCUCCUCAACACGGAUAUGUACAGCCCCAACGUCAAGGCAGAGAGGAAGAUGAAGAUAGAGGACUUCAUCAAGAACCUCAGAGGAGUGGACAACGGCCAGGACAUUCCCAGGGAUCUGUUGGUGGGGAUCUACCAGCGCAUCCAGAAGUGGGAGCUUAGGACCAACGACGACCACGUGUCCCAAGUGCAGGCGGUAGAGAGAGUCAUAGUAGGCAAAAAGCCUGUGAUGUCUCUGCCACACCGCAGGCUGGUAUGCUGCUGUCAGCUCUAUGAGGUGCCUGACCCCAACCGACCCCAGAGGACAGGAGUUCACCAACGGGAGGUCUUCCUGUUCAACGACCUGCUGGUGGUGACUAAGAUUUUCCAGAAGAAGAAGACUUCUGUGACGUACAGUUUCAGACAGUCCUUCCCUCUGGUGGAGAUGCAAGUCCACAUGUUCCAGAACUCAUACUACCCCCACGGAAUCCGUCUGACCUCAGCAGUGUUGGGUGGAGAGAGGAAGGUCCUUAUCGUGUUUAUGGCUCCCAGCCAGCAGGACCGCACCCGCUUUGUCAGUGACCUUAAAGAGAGUAUCGCUGAGGUGCAGGAGAUGGAGAAGUACAGAGUGGAGUCCGAGUUGGAGAAGCAGAAAGGCGUGAUGCGGACUGGCCUGCUGACCGGCUUGGGCGGAGGUGGAGUGGGUGUGAAGGGUGAGGUGGCGAACGGCACCCUGGGAAGGCCCAGUCUAGAUGACAACUACUCUGCGGGAGAGGGACUCAAACGCUCUGCGCUCAGCUCAUCUCUCCGAGACCUAUCAGAUGGAGGGAAACGUGGUCGCAGAAACAGUGUUGGCUCCCUCGACAGUACCAUGGAAGGUUCCAUCAUUAGCAGCCCCCAGCCGCACCAGCGUUACCCGGUUCCGGGCGUGGUCCCAGGCUGCUACCCUACAGAAGACUACCGGCCGCAUCGCCCCAUCCUGAGCCCCGGAACGGGGGGUGGGGGGUGGGCCGGGGCAACAACACACCGCUGCUGGGACGGGAGUUGGGGGGGUUCCCAGCAGUGUAGAGAGAGCGGGGGUGGGGAGCGGCCCUGGGGGGGGCAAUACGGGCUCCUUCCUGGGCUCUCUAUUCGGCAGCAAACGCGUCAAGCCGCCAAGUCCCCUUAUACCACCGGGGCCACCCUACCCCGCCCCUGUCCCCCCACCCACUACGGGAGGGCCCCCUCCUCACUCCCCAUCAUCUCUGUGCCAAUCGGAGGGGGGGCCCUUCCAAGAUCCAGGCCCUGCAUGCUCAGUACUGCCACACGGCCGCUGUGCAGCCCCCUCCUCCCUACUACCAUCACCAUCGCUACCACGUCCAAGCUGGCCCUCCUCCCUUGCCAGGCGGGGGCGUGCCCCCUCAUAUCCUUCAGAGAGGGCCGUUCCCCUGUCGCCCUCCUAUUGGCCCCCCUCACACCCAGCUCCAGCAGCUGGCCCAUCUCUCCCAGCUUUCCCAGCAUGGCAUGCAGGGUCGCUACAGCAACAUGGCGGUGGGCUGUCCUCCCCCCCUUUCUCCUCACUCCCAACAUUCUCAGAACCCCCAGUUCACCAUGUACCACACACAGCCCACACACUCUAUCAGGGCGGGCGCCAUGCCAGGCAAACCACCUCUGACUUUGUCUCACUCCCACCCGCACCCCCACGCACACUCCCACACCCACCCCGGGCACCCCCUCAGUGCCGCGCCGCACCCCGCCCCCCACCCACAUCAAUCUCGCUUCAUCUUUGGCACGCUGCCCCACCAACAUCAGCAUCAGCAGCCGUCCGCUUCCGUCAACACCCAUCACGCUGUGCCCGCCGCCCAGUAUCAGCCCCUGUACCCUCCUCUCUCUUCUAUCCCCCUCCCCCCACUCCCCUUUACCCCCCUUCUACCCCCUUAUCCCCCUUAUGCCUCUUUGCCCUCACCCCCCCCAGCACCCCGGUCAGUCUCAGCAGGGGCCCCAGGUGACGGGACCUGGGGCGACUGGCACAGGGGGCAGCUCCAAAUCCAAACCUAUCAACCGGAUCAGCACGGUGGUGUGAGCAGCAGAACGUGGGGCCACAGAAGGCAGAGGUCAGAGGGCAGGAUGGAGGAAGGGGGCGGAGCUAGGGACAGGGAUAGAGCCAGGGCUUGUAGAGGUGAGCAGGACAGCAGCAGCAGUAACAACAGCGCCAGUGACAAGAAGAAACGCAACUUAUUUCGUCUCUGCUACUUUCACCUCCGCUUCCCACACAUGUAGACCGACAGAGCAAAGGAAAGAGAGUUGGAGCUAAAUUACAUGCAUAUAGCUGAACACAUACAAGACACACAGGAAGAAUAAACACACGUAAAGCAAUGCCCACGUAAAUGUAGUUUCUCAGGUGAACUCUAUCAGCUCUCAGCACACAAACUCAUAAGGGAGAGUCACAGGUCGGCGCAAUGAUGUUGAAGUUGGCGGCAGGCAGGAAAAACCAUUAAAACACACACACACACAAAAUCAACAGUUUCUCUAGCCAUAGAACUGAUGCUGGUUGUAAAUGUACAGUAGAGGGCCUGUACCCAGUGUUUCACUGUCUGAAGUAUUAUUUGAAACUCUGGACUUUGCCAAGACAUGAGCUUGAGAGUGUUUUAAACAUAAAGCACCAACAUGUAAUCGUGCAACGUUAUGAAUGGUGGAAAAUCUGACGAUGAAAACACGCAAGAUUUGGUUCUGGUGUUGUUGAGAUAAGGACAUUGCUGACCAACAGAAAGACCAUCUCCACCCACUUGGAUAUGGAAAAAGACUUCACCACUAAAUACAUUCCAGCAGGGUGGUGCGUUGUAAACAGCCAUUAGAGGAUAGUUGCAAAAGGAAUCCCCUCGAUUUUGCAAUAAUUUAUUCAGCUUCAUAAUAAGUUUGUCAAUUACCACGGCAGGUCUUCAUCACUGAAAGGUAUCCUUUUUUAAAGUAGACCUCAGAGACAUUUGCUUUGUCUUCAGAUUUUAUGACUCACGGUUCAAUGGCAGUCUUAGGCUCUAUGGUCUUUUACAUGUAAAGAGAAGUCAGCUGGUUUCAUAGGAUUUACAUGCAUUCCCUAUAGGGUGUGUGGAUUAAUGAUGCUACCAAUAAUAUUUUUGAAUGUUUUUAAGCUUUUUUGCUGUUGUAUAAAUGUUACAUAUGUAAUUGCUGAGUAUGAUGAAUAUUGUCUACUAACAUAACUGUUUUGAUCCAGUGAUUAAUUAGAUAUUACAGAUGUUUGAUUGAUUUUUAAAAAAUGAUUAUACAGAGGAUAUAUACACUUAUUCAUUCCCUCAUACUUGUAUGUAAUGAGGGUGUUAUAAAGUGUGAUUUAUUUUUGUUCUCUAUGAUGGUUGCCAUUGAUAACUUCUAUUUUCAGUUAUUAUUAUUGAAUGUUAAAAAUAUUAGUUCAUAUUUAGGACAAUUUUUGUUCUUAGAGAGUUGUGUACCCUAUAGGAGACUGGUGAUUGUGUGAACUAGUAGCUGCACAAUGUCCAAAACAAAAUGGUUAAUUGGAGUCAAAAUGCAUAUGAAUAAAUAUGCUUUCCCACCUCAGACCCCUCUGAAAGAUCCCCUUAUAAGGGCUUUGACCUUUUACCUGCUCAUGGACAAUGAUCCUCAUUUCAUUGGUGACCCUGUCGUUUAUGUCCUCCCUGUUAUCCUCCCUGUUAUCCUCCCUGUUAUCAUGGGACUCACUCAGAAGCAUCUGGUCUUGUUGAGAGAGUUUCUCACAUGGCGUGUGUUUGGAUGGUCUAUUUCUUUGAACAAGCACGCUUUGUAAUAUAGUUUUGUGGUUUUGCACACGUGGUGUCUUAAAGUCAAAAAUGGCAUUAUUUUAAACACCCUCCUCACAUACCCGCUUGCCAGUCCUCAGAGAACCCUAAUAGCCUACACCCCAGCGCCCUUACUGAAUGGGCUUGUCAUUACAUCAAACAGGUUUGUUAAUCUUCUCAUCUCUGUUGACCACCUUUCUUACUUCCUCUCUCUGUCCUUCUAUUGCAGUGUUUGAACAAUGGUAGAUUGAACAAGGGAUUCAUCUUUCAGGAUAAAGGGAAUCAUUUAGAUUUAGGAUGGUGAAUUGUAGUUAUACCUGCUAGACAAUACUUGUGGACAAAGAAGAGACAGAUUCAUGUUAAAAGCCAGAACAAGAAUAUGGGUAGUCAGGGAAAAAUGUAAGGUUUUAGAGGUGGUUGAGGUUGAAGUUUUUUUGUUGGCUUUUACCUGCAUAAUUCCCCCUGUAUUGUCUCUUUGUGACCCCUCUUGCAUGAAUAUAUCUGCACUUAUUGAAUGGAUUGUACUGUAUAAAUCUGAAUGUACAUAUUGUAUUGAGGUGUGUGUGUGUGUGUGUGUGCGUGUGUUUGUGCGUGCGUGUGAGUGAGUGUGCGUGUGUGAGAGAGAAAGAUGAGUAGGGGACUUUGGUUUGAAUAUUGAAUUAUUUUUUAUUUUAGACUGAGGGUGAGAGAAUAAAUUGCAGUAAUUAAGUGUUUGUUUGUCAGAGAACAAAUUGAUAUUAUUUUAAACAUGAUCUUAAGAAUUUAAUUUGUGUAUGUAGUAAGUAUUAACUGGAAGAGUAGAGAAUUGAGAUGUGAAUAUUUAUUGCUUCUGAUAUAUUAAAAAGUGUCCUUGCAGUGAAACAA